AUGCUGAAAGGCGCAUUACCGCCAACGAUAGUCAUCGCCAUCCACCAGAGUGAUGCUAUUGCCGAUAUCACACUCACGAUAGGCUACCUAUCAGCCCUGAUCUCCGUGCUCUCUCAGGCCUUAAUGCCGCGCGCCAAAUUCAUGAAAAUCAUGUUCUUCGACCUCCUAUCGACCUGCGUCUCAGCCUCGCUAUGCUGUCUAGCAGUCUACUGCGCCGUCGAGGCAAGAAAACACAACACGCCCGCAGACGCCAGUGAGAGCGUCCGGAACGGCUUCAGCAGCGACGCCUGCGCUGUCUCUGCCAUCUGGUUGAUUUUUAUGAUUUGGGCCGCGAAUACCCUCCGUGCCCUACGCCCUAUGGAGCUACAAGACCCAAUGGUCGCGUUCUCCAUCUUCUGCUCCGUCACCAUCACCCGCGCCGGUACUUUUGUUACUCUAUCCGAAGGCUUAAGUUUCAUUGCACGUCUGCUGAAAGGCUUCAUGAUUGGGUUCGCCAUCGCCACUGGCGUGUCGCUCUUCAUCGUGCCAAUCACCAGUCGCGGUGACGUUUUUCAUGAUGUCAAGGGCUACGUAGCGCAGGUCGAUGCCCUGCUGAAAGCCCAGAUUGACUUUGUGGUUGGGAGUGAGGACGCGUGGACGGGUGGGAAGGGCCUGUUGAGUCGAACACGCACGGCGCGGAGUAUGCGGGAGGCGGAAGCGCCGGGGGAGUCUGGGCUGGAGGGGAAGCGGAAACGGCUGGCGGCGGGGAUGGGGAGGUUGAAUGCCCUGCAUGGGAAAUUGCAGUCGGAUUUGUUCUACUCGACGGAUGAGUUUGCGUGGGGGAAGCUGUCGGCGGAGGAUUUGAAGCAGGUGGGUGGGUUGAUGCGGAGUCUGUUGCUGCCUCUGUCGGGGAUGGUCAUGUUGCCGGAUAUUUUGGAGAUGGUCGUGAAUGAUGAAGGGACGAGGGAGAGUGCCGGAGAUAUCCCUGAUGAACAGGAUGCUGAGAAACAGGCGCUGAAGCAUUCGGAGAUCCAGAGGGUCGUGCAGACAUUGCAUGAACGGCUCGUGGAGGCGUCGAAUCUAACGACAACAGGAUUGCAGUAUGUUCUUCUCGCGUUCGAAUUGAUCAAGCCGAAGCAGCUGGAACGACAGCUCAACGCUCGGGCAGACGAGGAGUCUCGAGCCGGCGCAUUGAGUCCGCUACAGCCAGGUUUCACAGCCCGGUUUGAACAUCAGCUGCAGGAAUACCAUGCCUCGCGCAAACACCUGCCGCGCGCUCUCGCCUCGCUUGGGGCAUUCUCAGUCCCCGAAAAAGUGACGGAUUAUACCUCCGACGACCCGCGCACACUCGCUGCAGACUCCGACGUGCGACAGGAGUUCUUCCUCAUCCUUUAUAUGGGCCAUUUACAAGAGACCCUGCUCAAGGCAACUCUCGACCUGGUCAAGUUCGCAGACAGCAAAAUCGCCGACGGGACCAUGAAGCACAACCGGGUCCUCUUCCCCAAACAGAACUCGAUUCGAGAAUGGAUCUCGCUCAACCCCGAGAAGAAAGAGUCCGACAGCGCAUCAGACCGCAGAGAGUCUUCACCUGCUAAUUCCUCGACGGUGUACGAUCCCCCGUCCGGCCAAUUCCCCGACCCCGAGCAUCUGCCUCCGGCCAACCUGUUCGAAAAAGGCAGCACCAUCCUCCGCGUCAUCUCCCGUGUCAUUCGCUCCGAGCAGAGCCUUUUCGGGUUCCGAGUCGCGGCGGCUUCCUUUAGCGUGGGCAUCCUGGCUUUUCUGCACCAGACUCAGGACUUCUUCAUCCAUCAGCGGUGUAUCUGGGCGAUGAUUGUCAUCGUGAUCGGGAUGAACCCGACGAGCGGACAGACCAUGUUCGGCUUCAUGGCUAGGAUCGCAGCGACUGCCAUAUCGUUAGUGCUGAGCUUGGUUAUCUGGUACAUUGUGGACCAGAAGACUGCAGGGAUCAUCGUAUUCCUGUACGUUGCCAAUGUCUUCGAGUACUACUUCUACAUCAAAGUCCCCCAAUACUUCGGCGCGGCCGUCAUCUCCAUCGUAACCCUAAACGUGAUCGUCGGGUACGAGCUGCAAGUCCGCAAACUCGGUCUCGAAGCAGCCACCUCCAACGGCCAACCCUACUACCCGAUCUACCUCUUCGGGCCGUACAAACUCGCCGCCGUGGCCGCCGGCUGCGCCAUCUCUUUCUUCUGGGUGAUUUUCCCGUACCCGAUCACGGCGAAGUCGACGCUGCGGAAGGCGCUGGGACGGGGGCUGUUUGUGCUGGCGAGGUUUUAUGGUUGUAUGCAUGCUACUGUGGAGAUGUGGUUGGUUAGUGGGGAGGUGGAUAGUCACCAUAACCAUGACCAUCACCACGACCAAGAUGGAAGCUCUAACCAUAACCAUGAACAUAGCAGAAACAGUGAUACUCACAACGGAGAAAGCCAUCCCGCGACUAAGAGCAUGGAUGAAACGCGUCUCACCCUCGAAACCGCCCUCCACAACAUCUUCAAGGAAGAAAUGAUGCUGCUGAACCAACUCCGCAUGCACAGCCACUUCAGUACCUUUGAGCCUGCCAUCGGCGGCAAAUUCCCCAAACCGGUCUACGAUACCAUCAUCGGCGAGAUUCAACGCAUGUUGACGAGUAUGGCGUUGAUGGCGCAGACGACGCGGACUUUGGAUGCGUUGGCUCCAAGGAACACCACCACCACCACCACCACCACCACCACCACCACUCCCCCCGAGAGUAACGAUACCGAGAACAAUAAUCCCAACGACAAGGACAGUGAUAAUCAUACCGAUAAGAGAAAUCCAUGGAUAUCCCGCCUCGCCACGAUCGCCCUGCACUCCCCCGAUUUCACCUCCCACGCCACCACAUCGCUACUCUGCCAUCUCUCCGCGUCUUUAACAAACGCACAACCCUUACCCCCGUACCUCUCAACAGGCGACUCGUUCCCGCUAGCGCGCGAACUACAAAAGAUCGACGGCGAGAUGCUGAGUAUCCGACAUGUUGAGGACCCGGCGUUUUCGGCGUUUGUGGCGCUUGAGGUCCUACGAUCUGUUGUUGGGUUUGGGUUGAGGGGGUUGUUGAGAGAUGUAAAAGGGUUAGUCGGUGAACUGAAUUUCGACUUUCAAGGUCGACAGGAAUCCUUGGAUUGGGCUGAGACGAGACGGUUGAUCUCGGAUCAUGAUUAG